AUGGAAUUUACAAAGUUUACUGCAUUUGUUGUAUUUGUAUUAGCAAUUGGGUAUCAAGUGGUGUUAAGAUAUAGAAAUAGACCUAGCCUUGGAGAAACUUUAAUAACUGAAACAUUAAAGGAUGAAUAUGACUAUGUAAUUGUGGGUGCUGGAUCGGCCGGUUCCGUUCUAGCGGCCAGAUUGUCAGAGGAUUCCAAAUAUAGCGUUCUUCUUCUUGAAGCCGGAGAACAUUUCGAUUAUGACCCUAAUGUUCACAUACCGGUUUUAGCUUUUGAAUAUCUUCAUUCAGAUCUUGCCUGGCUCUAUAAAAGCGAAAAGGAGGAAGGGGCGUUUCUAGGGCUAAAAGAUGAAACAGCUGUGCUCAACAGAGGAAAAGGUAUUGGAGGGUCAAGUCUGAUCAAUGCGUGCAUGUAUUCCAGAGGCAGUCCUUUCGACUUCGAUGAUUGGGAAAAGAAAUAUGGUUGCAAGGGAUGGGGAUUCAAUGAUUUACUUCCAUAUUUCAAGAAAGCUGAGGAUAUUCAAAUUGAGCAUUUAGAAACAUCAGAUUACCAUGGAAAGGGUGGCCCAAUUGCUGUUACAGAAUCAGAAUCUACGCCUCUUACUGAUUAUUUUAUGAGGGCAUUUAAAGCAUUAGGUUAUAAAGAGACGGAUUAUAAUGGCAAAAUCCAAACUGGGGUUAGCCGUGUCCAAAAUACAGUAAGAAAUGGAGUUCGAAGUAGUACCGGUUUAGAAUACCUUGGUAAAUUUGGCAGAAAGGAAAACCUUGAUAUUUCUACAAAUAGUUUUGUUACAAAAAUGAAAAUUGAAAACAGUGUUGCAACAGGAGUUUAUUUUAUAAAAAAUGGAAUAAAACGACUUGUCAAGGCAAAGAGAGACAUUAUUUUGUCAGGUGGCACAUUUAAUUCGCCAAAACUGUUAAUGUUGUCAGGUGUAGGACCAAAAGAUCACUUAAAAAAUGUUGGUAUCCCAUUAAUAAAGGAUUUACCUGUUGGAAAGAAGCUUGAUGACCAUAUAAGCAUAGCAAUUUCCUCUAGAAUAAACCAAUCUGUACAUUUGGAUAAACAAAAAGCACAGAGUAUAUGGGCUCUUCUUGAGUACACAUUGUUUGGAACAGGACCUUUAACUUCACUAGCUGACAGUGUCGCGUUUCUUCAUAUUGACAAGGCAAGGAUUGGAAAAGAGCGGCCUGACUUCAUGGCCUUUUUAGUACCUACUACUUUCGGCGAUAACAAGUUUCUUGGUUACAAUGAAACAGUUGCAAGUGAGUUAAUUUACCCGUACGUUAAUACACCCGGAUUUAAUAUCAUGUUAACAUUAGUGCAUCCAAAGGGCAUCGGAAGUGUACGAUUACAAAGUACUGAUCCGUUUGACAGUCCUAUAUUAGAUACAAACCAUCUAAAAGACAGGCGAGAUGAGAAUGCUCUCCUAGCUGGAAUUCGUAUAAUUGAAGAAAUGUUGUCAACAGAAGCGAUGAAAAGCAUUAAAGCUGACUUAGGUAUGAAUAAGGCGUCAUUUUGUUCUCAGCAUGAAUUUAGAUCAGAUGAUUUCUGGCGAUGUAUGCUCCGUCAUAUUUCGGUCAGUUUCUAUCACUCAACAAGUACAUGUAAGAUGGGAACGAAAGGAGAUCCUACUAGAGUUGUAGACUUAGAUUUGAAAGUUCAAGGAAUCAAAAAUCUACGUGUUUGCGACGCCUCUGUACUUCCAGCAGUUCCAUCUGCCAACACAAACGCAGCUGUUAUUGCAGUCGCGGAAAAAUUUGCUGAUAUGAUAAAAAUAGAAAGACUUAAAGCAUAA